UUCUGAAGAAGAUAUUGACUGUUCUUUGACUCUUACUGAUUUUAUCUUGUUAGUGGGGGGUUUUUCAGAGCUUAAUUGUGUAUUUAUGCCAACAGGGGAAAAGAGGAAUCAACAGACUUCCUAUUUUUGUAUAAGCUGAGUUUUAAUCUCUUCCCAUAAUGGUUUCGAGAUCUUAUUCAAACCUUCUGGACCUUGCCAAUGGUGAUUCCCCCAACUUUGGUAGAAUAGGGAAGAGGCUCCCUAGAGUUAUGACUGUGGCUGGUAUCAUCUCUGAGCUGGAUGAUGAGAACAGCGACUGUUUAGGCUCCGAUGCGCCUUCUUCUGUCUCUCAGGAACGGAUUAUCAUCGUAGGAAACCAGCUCCCAAUUCGAGCACACCGAAGGUCUAAUGGAGAUGGAAGAUGGUACUUCAGUUGGGAUGAGGAUUCCCUUCUUUUGCAACUCAAGGAUGGAAUUGGAGAAAAUGUUGAAGUGAUCUAUGUAGGUUCCCUGAAAGAAGAGAUUGAUCCAAGUGAACAAGAUGAUGUAUCACAGACAUUACUUGAGACCUUUAAGUGUGUCCCUGCAUUCAUUCCUCCAGAACUCUUCAGUAAAUUCUACCAUCGAUUCUGUAAGCAGCAACUAUGGCCUCUCUUUCAUUACAUGCUCCCUCUCUCUCCUGAUCUUGGUGGGCGGUUUGAUCGGUCCCUCUGGCAAGCUUAUGUUUCUGUCAACAAGAUAUUUGCCGAUAAGGUGAUGGAAGUUAUAAGUCCUGAUGAUGAUUUUGUGUGGGUUCAUGACUACCAUUUAAUGGUGUUGCCAACAUUUCUUAGGAAGAGGUUUAAUAGGGUGAAGCUGGGGUUCUUCCUCCAUAGCCCCUUCCCAUCAUCUGAGAUAUACCGGACACUUCCUGUUCGAGAUGAGCUGCUCCGAGCACUCUUAAAUGCUGAUCUUAUUGGUUUCCAUACUUUUGAUUAUGCUAGACACUUCUUAUCAUGCUGCAGUAGAAUGCUAGGGCUUGCUUAUCAGUCUAAAAGGGGUUACAUAGGACUCGAGUAUUAUGGGCGCACCGUCAGCAUUAAAAUUCUUCCUGUUGGGAUUCACAUGGGCCAGCUUAGCUGUGUGAUUAAUCUUCCUGAAACUGAAGCUCGGGUUGCAGAACUACGAGAACAGUUUAGGGGUCAGAUGGUUUUACUUGGGGUGGAUGACAUGGACAUCUUCAAAGGGAUAAGCUUGAAACUGUUGGCCAUGGAGCAGUUGCUUGUACAACACCCUGAUUGUAGGGGGAAAGUUGUGUUGGUUCAAAUUGCAAAUCCUGCAAGAAGCAGAGGGAGAGAUGUACAGGAGGUCCAAUCUGAAACUUAUUCCACAGCAAAGAGGAUUAAUGAAAGAUUCGGGAGGCCAGGCUACAACCCUAUCAUUCUGAUUGAUACCCCACUGCAGUUCUAUGAGAGAAUUUCUUAUUACGUGAUCUCUGAGUGUUGCCUCGUCACGGCAGUGAGAGAUGGAAUGAAUCUUAUACCUUAUGAAUACAUUAUAAGCCGGCAAGGAAAUGAGAAACUAGAUAACACCUUGCAACUGGACCCAUCAGCUCCAAAGAAGAGCAUGCUAGUUGUAUCUGAGUUCAUUGGGUGCUCGCCAUCUCUUAGUGGGGCCAUCCGUGUCAACCCAUGGAACAUUGAUGCAGUAGCUGAAGCAAUGGAUUCUGCUUUAGUAAUUCCAGAAUCUGAGAAACAAUUACGGCAUGAAAAGCACUACAGGUACAUAAGCACACACGAUGUUGGGUACUGGGCACAGAGUUUUCUACAAGAUCUCCAAAGGGCAUGUAAGGACCAUGAAAGGAGGAGAUGCUGGGGUAUUGGUUUUGGUUUAGGUUUUAGGGUAAUUGCACUUGAUCCAAAUUUCAGGAAGCUUUCAGUUGACCAUAUAGUUUCUGCUUACAAGAGAACCAAGAACCGGGCAAUUCUCUUAGAUUAUGAUGGUACAAUGAUGCCAAAGACAUCAAUCAAUAAAACACCAAAUCCUGAGGCUAUUAACAUCUUGAACAGCCUGUGCAGAGAUACAAAGAAUGUUGUCUUCCUUGUUAGUGGAAGAGACAAGAAGACACUGACAGAAUGGUUUACUUCUUGCAAAAAACUUGGAAUUGCAGCAGAGCAUGGUUACUUCAUGAGGACAAAUCAAGAUGAGGAAUGGGAAACUUGUGUGCCCGUAGUGGAUUUUGAUUGGAAACAUAUUGCGGAGCCUGUGAUGCAGCAGUACACUGAGGCAACUGAUGGUUCAGGGAUAGAGACCAAAGAGAGUGCACUUGUUUGGCAUUACCAAUAUGCUGAUCCAGAUUUUGGUUCAUGUCAAGCUAAAGAACUUCUUCAUCACCUUGAAAGUGUUCUUGCCAAUGAGCCGGUCUCUGUUAAGAGUGGACAACAUAUUGUUGAAGUUAAACCUCAGGGUGUCAGCAAGGGCAUUGUGGCUGCACAUCUCUUGGCAACAAUGCAACUAAAGGGAAUGCUUCCAGAUUUUGUGUUGUGUAUCGGUGAUGAUCGGUCAGAUGAGGACAUGUUUGAGGUCAUCACGAGUGCCAUGGCAGGCCCAUCUCUCUCUCCAGUGGCUGAAGUGUUUGCUUGCACUGUUGGUCAGAAGCCCAGUAAGGCAAAGUAUUUUUUGGAAGACACAACUGAAAUAGUAAGAAUGUUGCAAGGGCUUGCAACUGCUUCAGAACAAGCAGAAAGGAAUUCUUCUUAGGCUUCUCUUCGAGUCAUUACUGAUUGGAAUCAGAUAAACAGGUUUCUACUCAUCCUCAUAAAGUUGUUAUACAUCAUCCUUUCUAUUUCAGCAAUGCUUCUCAGGCCAUAUCUGAUGUUCUUCUGGGGCUGAAUCCCAUGGUUCAGUUUGACGGAUGUUUGAUACACUACAGUAAGGUAAUGGAAUGAGUUCUUACUAUCCUAUCAAUGAAAGGAUGUUUACACUUCUAUUUA